CACUUCUUCUCAGACAUGGCAUUCUCCUGGACCAAUCCACUGGGUGCUCUGCCACCCAUCCCCUCGCAUCCAGUAGCUCCAUCAGACCUAUCAUCGACGAUUUCUAACUACACCACCUUCGCAGCCGCCGAGGACCAGGCUGACCGGCUUCUCGAAUUGUUUGGCAGCCCCGCACAUGAGGACGACCAGAAAGUAGUGACGCUAUUGCGAACAUUCAGGAGGUAUCUGCCGAAGGAAGGGCAGAGGGCCUUGAACACCGAUAUCAUUGCAAUCAGCCGCGACGAUGUCAAGCUUCGAGAUCUAGCCAGGCACAUUCGGGAGGCUGUGCUCAAGCCCAUGAAGGUUGCUGGUGGCCAACAGCCACAAUCUCUCAUCACACCCCCGACCUAUGCCCAAGCUGCUGCCGAUAUCACCGCCUCUAUGUCUAGCCUUCUACCAUCUUCCAGACUUGAUCAAGCAAACCUGAAGCGCACUUGUCUCCGACGAGAUGGGUAUCGGUGCGUUUACAGCGGGGCAUACGACCGCAAGGCUAAGAAGGAGCUUCCCGACCUGCCCCGUGACGCAGUUCUUACCAAGACAGAGUGCGCCCAUAUUCUACCUUUCUCUCUUAGCAAGUUUGAUAGUAGGAGUGCGCUAGAGACGCAGAACAAGGCUGUUAUCUGGUGUGCAUUAUAUCGAUAUUUCCCUGCCCUCAAGGGUAAGAUUGGCACCGAAAGCAUCAACCAACCGAGUAAUGCCUUUACUCUGGGGUCUACUUUGCAUGCAGACUUUGGGGAGUACCACGUUUACUUUAGUCCCAAAAAUGACCUGGAAAAUACGUAUACGAUGACUUCAAUCGAAGGUUACCAACUUCUCAGCGCCACCCGGGUACCAGGUCUCAAUGGCGACGUCAUGGAGCUUCAGUCUCAUGAUCCCACUACGCCCCUGCCCAACCCCGAGUUCUUGAAGGUUCAUGCUCGAAUUUCACAGAUACUUGAAUGUGUUAAGUACCACUCUUGUCUUUGA